CGUUUACGGAUGAGGUUUGUAAAAGAAGAAUUCGUUAUUAGGAAAUUAUUUCGUGAAAAACAACGUCGUAAAUGGAGGAUUGUGUGUAUCCUAUCUCUUCGUUGCAUCAAAUUUUUGGUCCAGAUCCGCUUUGAGUCAUGGCGUUGCAGGUAGUUUAAUUUAUCAUGCGUCUUAAACUUUAUCGGAGUGAGCUGUUCAUUGUAAGUUCUCCCACAUAUACGAGUAGCUCUCCCGUCUGAUACGACCCAGUAACGGUAGGGACACCACGACAAACUGUUGCUGUCUGCCACACGCAGGGAAACGUGAAGUAGAGCUGCCUCGAUCCCUGCCCAGUAGAGAUAGAGGCAAUAAUUAGCUUAUUGCGGGUAAACAAGAGCAUUGGGUAAACAGCGAUCGCACUGGUUUGUUUUUAUAGGUUCCCGAAUCUACAAGAUUUUUCAGUCACUUGACAGCCACAGCUGGGUGAGCCACAAUGAGUGAUAAAAUUAGUGAAGUGUGAAACACUUUGCUUAGAACAGAAAACGUUCGACCAAAUCAAGUCUUCUAAUAACUUCCUAGAACGUGAAUAUGGCGAAGAAGUACAGUGUUGUGUUUGUGCGCCAUGGCGAAAGUGAAUGGAAUAAAAUGAAUCUUUUUUGCGGGUGGCAUGACGUUGGACUCAGCGAGGAAGGUGAAUGGGAUGCAUUAGAAGUUUCCGCCGCGGCACUGAAACGUGAAAACAUAAGCUUCGAUGUGGCGUUCACUUCUUGCCUGCGACGUGCCAAUCAAACACUGGAAGUCAUUCUGAGGGAAUUGAAUCUCACCCACAUACCGGUCCACAAAUUGUGGCGUUUAAACGAGCGCCACUACGGUGCCUUGACCGGGUUUAAUAAACGACAGAUGGCCGACAUUUAUGGUGAACCACAAGUUCAACUGUGGCGGCGCAGUUUCAACAUACCUCCUCCACCGAUCGAUGGGAACAAUCCGUACUUCAGCGCCAUCCAGAACAAUCCCAAUUUCCGCCACAUUAAUGAGAAAGACUUUCCGCUAACGGAAACGCUGGAAACGACCAUGCAGCGGGUGGUUCCUGAGUGGUCCGAUACGAUCAUUCCAGAAGUGCGUGCUGGGAAAAAAGUCCUGGUGGUUGCUCAUGGAACCAGUUUGCGAGGAUUGGUUAAACACAUUCAAGAAAUUUCAGAUGCGGAUAUCAUGAAGUUCAAUCUUCCGAAUAGUAUUCCGUUCAUAUUCGAUUUUGACGAAAAUAUGAAAAUGGUCGGUGGCAUUCGAUUCCUGGCCAAUGAGGAUGCUGUACUGAAGGCAAUGGAAAAAGUGGCUUCGAUAGGAAAAUAGAAGAAUGCUGAACAAACUUCACCACAGGAAUUCUACCUCAUUUUAAAUACGAAAUGGAAGUUUUUCUAGACUAGGCUGUUCUCAGAAGUGUACGUUUUAUUCAACUGUAUGGUUUUAGGAUAAUGUUAAUUAUUGAUGUGCGGUUGUAAACUAUUGUCCUACAAAUUAAUGGAGAGGAAGAGCAAUCGCGAUGAAACACUGUCACAUAUAAGUGUACCCUCUGCUCAAUCUAUGUCGCCAGAGAAAGAUUCAUCUGCAUGCUAGUCUUGUUGAUUUUAUUCAGAUUACUGUAUUAUUAUUUAUAUUAGGUCUGCUGUAACAUUAUCUCAGGUGGUUGAUUUACACCUAUAAACAUUGUACAUUCAUCGGUACAGCAGGCGCAGUUCGCUUCAUAACUUAUCUCUAUUUGUAAAUGAAAUCAUUAUAGAAGCUGUUUGUUUAAUCACUACUCAGUAGACGGAACAAGCAUUGCUGGAAGCAUCGUUUGAAUCGAAUAUAAAGUAAAGCUAU